CCCAAAUCCUUGUAAAGAUGUUCAGUCCGAAGUUCCUUCUCCUGGCAGCAGUCCUUGUGGGCGUGGCCCAGGCCACAUUUAUCAUCCAGCCAGUGCCUAAAAAACCGGUGCAGCCAUCUUCCAAAUGCCAAAUCUACUGGCGGGAACUUAGCUGGGCUCUCGAGGAUUGUGUCUGUCGAUGCUUUCAGAACGAGUGUCUUAUGACAGAGAGGAGCGCUGAACGGGAGAAGGCUGGCCAGACUCCUCUUGUUCCCGUUUCUGAGAAGGUCUGCAAGAAGUUCAAUCGGAAGAAGUGCCUCCUUGGAUGGCCUGUGAUCGCCUACUUCCCGAUUCCCUCUCCAUGCGGCUGCAAUGGCAAACCAGGAAGCCUUGAGACCAAGAAGUUUAAGAGUUUGUGCCUACUGAACAAAUACUCAGUGGAGUGUUCGAAACCCUACAUCAGCGUGACGAAGUGCUAAGAUCUACCCAUAAAAUCUACUGGAACCCUUGGA